AUGGCUUCGUUUCCUGUAGAAAACGUUCUGUACCUUGCCGACUCCUAUAAGAUUACACACUAUAACCAGUAUCCACCGAAUACUACCCAUAUCUAUUCAUACUUUGAAUGUCGGGGCGGCAAGUUCACAGACGUGUGUUUCUUCGGACUGCAAUAUAUAUUGAAACGAUGGAUGGUUGGGCCGGUGGUCAACCACAAGAUGAUCGAUGAGGCCAUUUCAUUCUACAAACGACAUUUCAGUGGCCUAGACGUUUUUAACGAGCAGGGAUGGAGAUACAUUGUCGAUCAUCACAACGGCAAAUUACCUCUUCGAAUCAAAGCAGUACCUGAAGGCUCUGUAAUUCCAUACAAGAAUGUACUAUUUACGGUGGAAAACACGGACCCAAAUUUACCGUGGCUGACGAACUGGUUUGAAACUUUGUUGGUGCAAGUUUGGUAUCCGACGACAGUUUGUACGAGCAGUCGAUAUCAGAAGGCACUGCUUGCUAAGUACCUGCUGGAAACUGCUGAUGAUCUGAGUACUCUUCCUUACCAACUGCACGAUUUCGGCUACCGUGGAUCGAGUUCCGUUGAGAGUGCUGCGAUUGGCGAUGCUGCUCAUUUGGUGAACUUUUGUGGAACAGACACCAUAGCUGGUGUAAAGCUAUGCAGUCAAUAUUACGACUGUUCAAUGGCAGGCUUCUCGAUUCCUGCGGCGGAACAUAGGCAUGAGGAGUUAUUUUGUUUUUGA